GUGGUACAGUCCCAGCCUUUCACUAUGGCGCAGCUUCACCUGGAUGCUGCUAGAACAUCGCUCUGUGGGUGAGGGAGGGGUAUCUGCACGAGUCUUAACUGCGUUGUUUUGGGAUUACGUCACUAAAUCGUCAGCUGGUGUUCAGUCUGAGCAGGCAAGAAGAGCAACAUCAGUCAUUUUUGGACAGUUUACAUCUAGACUCUGAAAGAACUACACCACCAAGAAAGGAGACACCAGAGCCCCACUGACUGGCUGGUAUACAGAACAAGACAACCUACUGCAGGACGACAUACAGGCAUCAUGACACAGGGCAAGCUAUCCCUUGCAAACAAGAGCACCAGUGGCUCCACCAGUGGACAGGCCUUAGUGUCACCGACUCCCCCCAGCUAUGAGGAAGCCACUGCAGGAACCAGUGCUCCUUGCUAUAAUGAUGUUGAGAUGCUCACAGAGUUCACCUGGGAUGAUCGCAACAUCAGGAGGGUCUUCAUCCGUAAGGUGUACGCCAUCUUGAUGAUCCAGCUUUUGGUUACUCUCGCUAUUGUGGCUCUUUUCACAUUCUGUGACCCUGUGAAGGACUACAUUCAAAGCAACCCUGGGUGGUACUGGGCUUCUUAUGCUGUGUUCUUUGUCACAUAUCUGACCCUGUCUUGCUGCUCUGCACCAAGGAGACAGUUUCCAUGGAAUCUCAUUCUGCUUGCCAUCUUUACCCUGUCGCUCUCCUACAUGACAGGAAUGUUGUCCAGCUUCUAUAACACUAAGUCAGUGGUGAUGUGCCUGGGCAUCACAGUAGCAGUCUGUCUCGUGGUCACCAUUUUCAGCUUCCAAACCAAGAUUGACGUGACAUCAUACCAAGGCGUACUCUUUAUCUUCUGCAUGGUCAUGGUCAUCUCUGGACUGGUGCUGGCAUUUGUACUUCCCUUUCAAUAUGUACCCUGGUUGGAUGCCACCUACGCUGCCUUGGGGGCCAUACUGUUUACCAUGUUUUUGGCAUUUGACACCCAGCUUCUCAUGGGGAACAAGCGCUAUGCCAUGAGCCCAGAAGAGUACGUCUUUGCCACUCUCAACAUCUACCUAGACAUCAUCUACAUCUUCUCCUUCUUCCUCCAAAUCUUUGGAACAAAACAAGAGUAAACAAUCGCCCCACCUUUCUUCACCUGCAGACAGGGGAUGCACCAGUAUGGCAAUUUAGGCAAACAAGAUUAGUCUUUAAACAUUUUGGUCAUUGUGAUGUCAGUACUUCCAGUUGUAACUUUGUUUUUUGCCUGAUACUGAGGUCAUGAAUAUUUUGUGAAUUUUAUUCUACAGCUAUACAUGUCCAUAGACAUAUGUCAGUAUUCACAUCCAAAAAUGUCAAUAACCUUUUCCCCUUCUCUCUUGCAUGUUAUGAACCCACACCCUGGGGUUAGUUUACUAGCUUUACCAGCCAGAAACAUUCAGUGAUCUGUGAUUGUCCAUUUAACUAACUAAUGAUAAAACUUACUGUGAGUGUUCAUCUGAAGCUGUACGGGUGUUGUGUUAUCCAUGCCUGCCUAGAUAUCACAAAUGUUCUGAAAAAAAUAGAUGUCACUGCUCUUUAAGAGGUAUUUGAUCUAAGAUACAUUGUGCAUGACUCUUAAAAAGCCCUAACUAUGCCAAGUGUAGGUAUCCCAUGAUUGGACUAUUGCUGUGGGUGUUUAGUGACUGAAAGCACAAAUGUGAUUAUAAAAAAAAAACUUCAAAGACUUUUUUUGUGUUUCCAAUCAUAUCCUAAUUUCUGUCAAUACUGUGAAUUGAAACUCCUUGUGGGGGUAGCGUUUGGCUUUUGAUGACAAUCUGAAAAUGUUAUGUAUUGGAUUUGGGAUGUUGCUACUCAUCUCUGCCUUGAUUUGUUACUCAUAUUCACUGUAUACUGUAUUGUCUACAUGUUGACUUAUUUCUCUUUUUUAACUAUGAGGCUGACAUUCAUUGCCUUGACAUUGUUACAGUAUAUAUUAGUAGUAUGUUAUUUGUCUUAUAUGUCUGUUUUAACCUGAAAUCCUUUGAAUGAAGAUUGUUCAGACUAUUUUACAUGAAAGACUUUGAACAGACCUUGCUUGUUGGCAUUGUAAUGUUUGGUCUUAAUAUUAUUGAAACUCAUUCAAUC